CGAAUUCAUCACUUGUCUUUGAUCAUUGAGGAAGCAAGAGGGCUGCCGUUCUUAGUUUAACAAAACCAGCUUCAAGAUGCAAACGAAAACGCGUCCGUCACGAAUCGAGUUGGAAAGGAGAGGAAGAGAGAUUCACGAAAUCAAGGAAUUGAACUUGGACAACUGCAGGAAUUGUGAGGAGGUCGAAGGUUUGACGGAGGAGUACAUCAACUUGGAAGUACUCAGUCUCAUCAACACUGGCCUCCGGUCGUUACAGAAAUUCCCCAAAUUGCCAAACCUCAAACGUCUUGAGUUGAGUGACAACAGAAUUACUGGAGGGCUUGAGAAAUUGAAAGGCUGCCCCAAACUCACAACUCUAAACCUGAGCGGUAAUAAUAUCAAAGACUUUGAACCACUGAAAGAAUUGGCCGAACUGAGCAAUUUGAGAACGUUAGAUCUGUUCAACUGCCAUGUGACGAACUUGGACAACUACCGAGCGAGAGUGUUUGCUAUCUUGCCGCAGUUGAAGUGGCUCGAUGGGUCCGAUAUCAAUGAUAAGGAGGCUGACGAUGAAGAUGAGGAGGAUGAUCUUGGUGACGAUGACGUCGAUGAUGAAGACGAAGAGAAUGAGGAAGAUGGAGAGGAGGACGGUUUAGAUGAAGAUGAUGAUGACGACGAUGAUGAUGAUGACGACGAUGAAGAAGAUGACGACGAGGAUGAAGUUGGUCCAGUAGCUGUGGCUGGAUUAGAUGAGGACGACAGUGAUGAUGAUGAGUUAGGGGAGGAAGAAGAGGAAGAGGAUGACGAGGGACAACCUGACUUGGGAUAUCUUUAUAAGGAGGGAGACCUUGGGGACGAUAGUGAAGGAGAAGAAUUCGAACCUGGUGAGGGCGAGGUUGAUGAAGAUGAGGAGGACGUAGAAGAUGAGGAAGAGGAAGGUGAGGAAAAUGCAGCACGGGGGCAGAAACGAAAAUUAGAAGAGGAAGACGACGCGUAAAACCACCAGCGCCACCUUUCAUCAAUAUCAUGAAUCAUUUGUAAAAUAGCAUGAACAUGGAGGUUACAGUGCACCAUCGUGAUGGGCUGGCGCGCUGCCUCCAGAAAGGACUGGUUUCACGGGCAGUGAGCUUGUCGAGGCUGUGAGUUCAUGAUCGCAGAGUUCAGGAUGUGUCUGCAUCCCGUGCGCGGACCAAUGAUCGUAAACCGCUAAUGGACUCACUUUAAAUGACACCGGCCAUGAACUGAUCUCACAAUCUCCAAUGACGGACUAAUGCCCGCACGAGUUAUGUCAAGGCUGUGUAGCAGCACCCGAUCGGAUUCAGAAUCGUCACAUGGACGUCUCUGGGCUUGUGUGGAAUUGUUUUCGAUUUUCUGAAAGCUGCCUCACGAACUGUCCAAACAGCUAAAGCAGAUGAAUGAAUUCGCUGAACGGUUUCUUACAGCAGCAGGUUAUGGAAUUGCAAAUGAGUUUGGCGAAGUGUUCAAUUAAAUUACAGUGCUUGUCUGAAGGUGAGGUUCAUCCAUUAGUUUGUGAACAUAUUGAUGUCUGUUGGAGUUGGUAGUGUCAAAAUCUAUCUUUAGGUGGCGCUGGAAGCAAGCUCAUGCACUUCACAGUAGCUUGAGUGUAAACUAUCAAUUCUGUGACACCACUAUGUAAACAAAUGGGCAAGGCCCUUAUGCUUUUAACCCCUUCAUUCCUGUAUUGGACUCUUCUAGUCAAUGCAUUAGAAUUGUCCAUUCAGGAUAAAGGGUGUGACAGGUGGGUAUGUGUUGGUAUUGGGCAUUGUCAUAGCGGGUGGUUUGUACAGUAAAGAGGGAGGGUGUGUACAAAGUCUUGAUUGAUGUUUUUACCUAGUGCUUUACUGGCCGUCGAGGGUUUUUCCUCGCAGUUGUAGGGCAAGCUGUGAAUCAACAGAAAAAUCAGCAGAUUUUCCACUAUUGGUUGGCAUUUGGUUUCACGUUUUGAUGGUGUUAUCGCAAAUAAUGAGAGGAUUUUUAUAACCCCAAGGUGGCAGCAGAGGUUAGUAGCCCAAAACAAUAAAACAUAAUCCUGUGUCAAUUCCUUAGAGAGAAAGCUCAACGUUGGGCUGCUCUAUUUCAACUGGGACUAGAUUGUUAGUCUGGCAUUUUUAGUCUUUCAUUUUGCAAGUAUUUCUAGCAAAAGAGGUAGCAGCUAAAAUGGGUCAGUCGUGGAAACUUUGUUGAUAUCUCUGUGUGGUAAAUAAUUCGAGAAUUGAACGUAAUUACGGUAUAUAGUCUUGUAGGAGAGAUAUAGAUUUUUGGCCGCUAAUUUUCACCCGAGAGUAGGAUUUAUAAAAUGUACAGUGUGCUGGUUUUGUGUGGCAAAAAUUAAGCCGAGUUUGAGAACAUACCAUUAGAACUUUUUGUAUUGGUUUAAGUAAACACUGAUUCGAUUGAUCUAUCAGAUUUUCUUGUUUAAACCCACCCGCAAGAUAGAGAACUUUUAGAUUUGAACUCUGAGCCUACAAGUUUUAUAUGGGUGACAUAAGACCUGGUUGUCGUCUCUUCUCUGGCCCUUUUUUGCCAAACAGACCAGUACAGUUUUUCUGACUCGCCCUCCGAUUCUCUCUAAGUUUGUUUUAUAUAAAAUAAUGAGUACAUGUUAUGUAAAAUUAUGUUGAAUGAGCGUCAGGUGUACAGUUAUACAGUUAUGCAACAGCAGCGAUAACCUUUGCACCCUCACUUUCUCAAGUGGACUAUUCUGAUGCAUUAACUGGAUUAGUCCAAACAGGGAAAUGGGGGUGUAAAGGCCGAGAGUGAAAUUUACUUUGGACAAAUUGCAAAUAUUUUCAUGGAUAUUUGCACUAAAAUUUGGGGAUUUUUGAUGAAGUGCUUUCUAACAUUGCAUCGUUGUAUCAAAGAUUUCAACUUCUAAAAGAGUGGUUACCAGUCAGUCUUGGGAGUGAUUAUGAUUAGCAUUAGCAAGCCCAACAAGGUUCUAUAGGUUUCUGUGUAAUGCUGCAGUGUUGAUGAACUUGUGCAUAGAUAGUGCUGCCAUCUAUGCUAAACCAAUUAACUAUAAAACCUUGACGCUGUCGUGUCCAAGUUCAUCAUGCUCGGUUUGUAUUCAUGGUAUACACUGGCUUUGGUCUAAAUUGAGCUGCAUUUAGCUUCAGUUGGAAACAUCUUCAAUUUGCCAAUAUACUAUUUUCAAAAGUUUCAACGCUGAUGACGGGAUAUUUUCCUGUCCGUCUUUGCUUCCAAUACGAUCCCCAGAAGUACUAAUUGGGCUACAGAGUCACAUUUAACGGAACUUUUUGUAAUCCGACCAAAAUUCAUGUGAAAGUAAGGGCACACCAACCACUAUUGUCAUGUAUCGUCUUGGCAACUUUGAAAUUGUUACCAUGGAAACAGUUUGUAUCUUUUCUCGCGAUAGUGACCAUAUUGAGACAAACACUCUUGUUGCAAUAAAUUUUUAUAACAUAUUUUGUGAAAAGAAAUUUGCGAUGUUUCUUUCAUUUCUUUCGGACAAAAUUGCAAUAUCCGAGGACUGUGCAGUUCAAGACUGUAGAUGGCUCUAGUGGGAUGGCUUGACACUGAUACUGUUACCUGUGGCAAUACUAAAUAUUGGGUUUGCUGCCAAUAUUUAAUGGUUUAUGCAUUAGAGUUGAGAUUUUCACACUUUUCAAGUUGGCUUUUGUGAAAAAUAAAACGCAAUGAUUUCACAGUUGACAGUAUUCAGUUGUGCUCUGACUUCGAGUACAUCCUUUAAAAGGCCGCUUGAGAAGAGGCAGAUUGCUUCCCCUGUUGGAUAAGUUUCACCACAGCUAAAUGCAGGACAGUUGAGACCAAUGAAGACGCAUAUUGAGAUGAGUGGCCAACUUGUAAUCCAUUUUUUGGAUCAGAGCAAAAGAGAUAUGUGACCCACCACGACAAAAUGAGUCACAUGUCGCACAGAAGAUGAGCCUAAAAUGACACCAGGACAUAAUAGAAAGAAAUUGAUGUACUCAAAUGGUGCAGAAGGCAGUCAAGACUGAAAUGAACAACCAGUCCGUCUCAAACUGUUAAGCUCGGAGCGACAUGAGACUUGUUUCGUCAUGGCAGGUCACACAUUGUGUUUGUGUGCUCCAGCUGGAUGAGGGACCUCGUCACCUGGUGGUUGACUUUAGCCUAUAGUGGACUCCAUACUUCUGGCAAAAAUUUAAUAGGGGUAAGAUGCCGGUACUGAUUGACCUUUGAUCUUAUCAGAUGAUUGCUUGAGUGGUUAUCAUGUUCCCCAGUUUUCUCUUCAAGCUAGUUAUCAGGUGUAAAAGGAAAGGAGAGAUAGUCAAGAAAGUUUGAGCCAGAAAGCAAUUGAACUUUGGGAUUUAACCUGCUGGCUGGUCAUCUGUACUCAUGAAUUUCAUAAGCAAGGUUGAGAAUGGAACAAAUGAUACUCUUAUUUUGUUUAUCAAUAUAUAAAGACACUGUGUACUUAUUUUCAGCUCAAAAUUCCGAGUCCUUCCCGACUUUUUCAGGUAUUUUAAAAAGAAAACCACACCAUUCUGGAUAACCAGCUAGCAGAGGGUAAAUUUCAAAAUGAUUGGAUCUCAACAAAAUUUUGGUCAAAACUUCCUGACAGUAACACGAAUAUAUCCUGCAAAUUUCAGCUCAGAAUUUCAAGUAGUUCAUAAUAUUUUGAAGUAUUUAAAAGAAAAGGGCCAAGAAGCCACUAUGGAUAUUCCAGCUGGCAGAGGGAAAAUUACAAGUAAUUUCAAAUUGAUUGAAUCUCAAAGAAAUUAUUUUUACAACUUCCUGCUUGUAACACAAAUAAAUCCUGCAAAUUUCAGCUCAAAAUCCCAAGUCAUUCAUGAUAUUUUGAUGUAUUUCCAAACCUGAAGACCCCAGAGUCACUAUGGAUAUUCCAGCUGGACGAGGGAAAAUUACAAGUAAACUUUUGAGAUGCCAAAAAUCCAAAAGUUGUGUUCCAAUUUGGCUGAAACUUACAGGAUACAUUCGUCUUGACGUCAGAUACUCGCAUAGCAAAUUUGGCAGUGAUCCAAUCAUUUUGACUUUUUUGGUCGACGCCCCCUUUUUCUCAAACAAAAAAGGGCCAUAAUUUUUGUUCGAAUGAAAAAUUGCCAAUUUUUCUUCCAGAUCCUCAUACGGUACAUCAAGAAGCAUUCACAAACCAAAUUUCAAGUCAUUCCGAGAAAAAAAGUUUUUUUUGCGCUUUCGGAUCCCUGAACUAUAUAUAUAGCCCAGGGAUUUUUUUUUAACUUUUUCGGUGACUUUCUCGGAAUGGCCUCAAAUUUGGUUUGUGAAUGCAUAUAAGUGUACCGUAUGAGGAUCCAGAAACAAAAUUUGAAUUCGAUGAUCAAAACAAAAUCUAUAGACAUUUUCUCUGAAGUGGGCGUCGCCCAAAAUCACCUAAAAGUCAAAAUGAUCGGAUCGCAACCAAAUUUGGUUCAGUACUCAGACUGACAUUGUCUUACGUGUCAUCAAGAAAAUUUUCAAAAAAUUUUGAUAUUUUGAGAACAUGUCCAACUUGUCAUUUCGUGAUAUUUGGAAGAAUAAAUGCUUAAUUAGCAUUGAUAUUGAUAUUUCGCUUUAGCAUCAAUCAGAUUAUGUAUCUAUCCUUACGUUCCAAAAUUUUCUGCAUCUUAGCGUCGCUCGUGUUUGCCCUGAAAAUCCAUCCAAAAUUGACGCAAAAUGAUAUAUUGUUAUAAUUGAUAUCUAGACAUAUCAGAACAAAUAAAACACUGCCAAUGUAGUUGUUGAUGACGUACAGAUGCUGCAUCCAAAAAUCAGCUCAAAAUUCCAACCGCUUCAUGGUUUUUCAAACAUUUGGUAAAUUUUUGCAAAAUUCUGCCAUCAAACUCAAAAAGGGGCCUUGGAUCCAGGGCCUAAAUGACCAUCCAUGUGCAUGAAUGUAUAGGACUUAAAAGCCUGUAAGACCUGGGUACAAGGUAUUUUUAAAGUGGUCUGCAUCCGCAAACUGUGCGUGAUAUAACGCUGAAAAUGCGGGAUAUUGAUGAUAGAUACAUAAUCUGAUAGAUGUUAAAGUGAAAUUUUUAUAUCAAUGAUGGUUUGGCAGUAAUUCUUCAAAAUAUCACGAAAAUGAUAUUCCCUCUCAAUCAACUAGACUUUGAUGUUUUCACCCCAAAUCUUGGUUCAGUACUCAGACUGACAUUGUCUUCCAUGUCAUCAAGAAUAUUUUCAAAAAAUGUUGAUAUUUUGAGAACAUGUCCAACUUGUCAUUUCGUGAUAUUUGGAAGGAUAAAUGCUUAAUUAGCAUUGAUAUCGAUAUUUCGCUUUAUCAUCAAUCAGAUUAUGUAUCUAUCAGUACGUUCCAAAAUUUUCAGCAUCUUAGCGUCGCUCGUAUUUGCCCUGAAAAUCCAUCCAAAAUUGACGCAAAAUGAUAUAUUGUUAUAAUUGAUAUCUAGACAUAUCAGAACCGAUAAAACACUGCCAAUGUAGUUGUUGAUGUCGUACAGAUGCUGCCUGCAAAAAUCAGCUCAAAAUUCCAACCGCUUCAUGGUUUUUCAAACAUUUGGUAAAUUUUUGCAAAAUUCUGCCAUCAAACUCAAAAAGGGGCCUUGGAUCCAGGGCCUAAAUGACCAUCCAUGAGCAUGAAUGUAUAGGACUUAAAAGCCUGUAAGACCUGGGUGCAAGGUAUUUUUAAAGUGGUCUGCAUCCGCAAACUGUGCGUGAUAUAACGCUGAAAAUGCGGGAUAUUGAUGAUAGAUACAUAAUCUGAUAGAUGUUAAAGCGAAAUUUUUAUAUCAAUGCUGGUUUGGCAGUAAUUCUUCAAAAUAUCACGAAAACGAUAUUCCCCCUCAAAAUGAACGGAUCGCAACCAAAUUUGGUGUACAACUACCUGACAGUAACACGAAUAUAUCCUGCAAAUUUCAGCUCAGAAUUUAAGGUCGUUCAUGAUAUUUUGACCAAUUUCCAAACGAACUCUCAAGCCACUAUUGUUAACCAGCUGGCAGAGGGAAAAAUACAAGUAAACUUUUGAGAUGCCAUAAAUCCAAAAGUUGUGUUUCAAUUUGGCUGAAACUUACAGAAUACAUUCGUCUUGACGUCAGAUACCUGCAUAGCAAAUUUGGUAGUGAUCUGAUCAUUUUGAUUUUUUUGGCCGACGCCCCCUUUUUCUCAAACAAAAAAGGGCCAUCAUUUUUGUUCGGAUGAAAAAUUUCAGAAUUUUCUUCCAGAUCCUCAUAGGGUACUACGAUAAGUAUUCACAAACCAAAUUUCAAGUCAUUCCGAGAAAAAAAGUUUUUUUUGCACUUUCGGAUCCCUGAACUAUAGCCCAGGGAUUUUUUUUGAACUUUUUCGGCGACUUUCUCGGAAUGACCUCAAAUUUAGUUUGUGAAUGCAUAUUAGUGUACCGUAUGAGGAUCCGGAAAAAAAAUUGGAAUUCGUUGAUUAGAACAGAAUCUAUUAAUUAUUUAAUUUUUCAUAAAAGUGGGCGUCGCCCUAAAAUUUAAAAUAAUCUGAUCGCACCCAAAUUUAAUAUACAAGUAUCUUAUGUUGAGACAAAUAUAUCCUGUAAGUUUCAGCCGGAUACCACAAAAACUUUUGGAUUUAGAGCAUCUCAAAACUUUACUGGUAAUUUCCCCUCUGCCAGCUGGUUAUCUAGUGGCUUCCAAGUCAUAAUGUGCAAUCUUGAACGACUCAACAUUUUGAGCUGAAAAUUACAGCAUUUUGAGCUGAAAAUUACGGCAUUUUGUCGUCCGACGCCAAUAAACGCAAUAAGAACAUUUUCGUUCCAUUCCGACAUCAAUUUGAUACAGUUUUUGGCCGUGAUAGACAUUUUUUAAUGAUAUUUUCACAAAAAUUUGCUGUAAUUCCUCCAGUUUGAGAACAAGCCUGGUUAUUUUACCAGUUAUGGUUCUUUCGGCUUAUUUCUCUUCAUGUGUCGUCACUUCUGAGAAAAUUUUGGCCAUAAAUUGUCACCAUAGCACAUUUAACAAAGCCAUUUCUCAAAAUGUCUUAUAUAACAAAGGGUUAACAUUUUUUAAUCCAAUCUCUUGCAUAUAUGAUCAUGUGUAUAUUGUCUAUCCAAAUCUUGUAAAAAUUUUCAUCUUAAUCCGGUCGUUUGAUGAUAAUGGGCAAAAUAUCAUUUUUGACGAUAUUUUGAGAUUCUCAUGAAACGAGCGAUGAUAUCAAAAUUUCGCUGCUAUGGUGAGCUAGUUAUGGGGCAAUCUACGAUAUCCCAAAGUUUCGGGGCGAUAGCGCGAUCCGAAAGGCGAAAACAGACCACCCCGAAAAAGGGCAAAAACAGCCUGGACCCUAGGCCUUAGGUGUUUUUAGUGUGUACACAUUGGUGUACAUCUAAAAAUAUUUUCACCUGGAUCCAAGGUAAAAACCUGAUUUUAAGAUUUAGGCUUCAAAAAUUUGCUGUUUUUUAGGGGGGGUCUAGAAAACCAUGAAGGAGUUGGAAUAUUGGGCUGAAAAUUGGUAUGCAGGCUAUUUAGGCAUCACUAGGACCGUUGGCGGUGGUUUCGUUCCGCUCCGACGAGCGGUUACGGAGCGCGAUUCUAGUUCUUAAUUUUGCCAAUAGAGGGCAGCACUGCAAUCAUCAGGCCUCACUCCAGAGACACAAGGGGUUAAUUUUGCCAUGCUUGUAUGAGCUUAUGGCACCUCUAAGACAAUUGCAUCACGUUUUAGAAGCAAUCCAGGCUAACUACACUUGUUGGGGCCACUUGUGUCUCCUCCUCAAGGCUUAUACGAGUGUCUUUCUGGGAGGGUACUGGUCAACGUCUCUCCCCCAAGGUGGCAGCCCUUGACUUCAGUCCUGGAAUGAGCUACCCUUAUUCCUAUUCUUGUUAGGGUGGCCAAAAAGACUGUGUAGUGUCACCUUUUGCAUCAUGUUCCCAGGCAGCAAAGGCGAACCACACUUGUUGAGAUUAUAUGAGUCUCUCUCUGAUUCUGAGAGGGUACUGGUCCAAGGGCCAAGGUUGAGACUAUUGAUGUACAGGCCCCUGGAAAUGCAGUGGGUAGCACCAAUGGUAGAUUCAAUCAUUUGACAUGAAGAAAUCACCACAGGUGCCAAUAGUUCUGUAAAGAGAUCUGUACACUAGCAUUUCAAGUGUGCCAUCACAUCAACAAAUUCAUGAACACACUUGACUUCUACAUGUAUUAAAAGAAGAAAAUUGACUUCUUAAAUGCUUUGGAAACAAAAUGAAUUUUAUUCACGACUGCCAAAAAUGAAAACUGAAAGCUUUGUAACACAACGGCAGAAAACCUCAAGCCCCACUCUAGUCAAUUCAAUUCUGGUGAAUCAGAUAUCGAUAUGAGCAUGCCACUGUUAGUUUUAGGCAAGGCUUGCAUAGAGUUCACAGUGACACUCAUAUUUUGUCGCAUUUCAAAUGUCACCUGACAAGAAAAGACCACUUUUUGAAGGUGGUCAUGUGACACUUAUUACACUCGUGUCAUAUCAUACCAUAUCAAGCCAGUGUCAAACAUGUCACAUCGUGAAUUCUAUGUCAAACCUUCUGCUGAUCAUUUACAACUGACAACAAUUUGAAGUAUGCACAAAACUGUAGAGCUACAAGGCUGGUUUAACACUGGAUUCAAGUUGAUAAAGUAAACAACAGUGAAAAAACAGAGUUCCCACUCAAAUCUGCUCAUGACAAGUGUAACAAACAUUGUAAAUCUUAUUUAAACCCACUUGUACAUCAUUUACACACACUACUGAGAGCAAUAGCAUUCCGCGAAGUUACUAUCUAUAGCUCACAAGGUCAUUUGCAUAAGAUAUUGAUGACGUUUUAGUCACGUGACAGUCGGACAUCAACACUUAUUUCUACGCAUUUGAGCUUAUUUCAAAGUCAAUUAUCUUUGACCCUGCAUUGUUUUUAGCAUGAAUGAUACCAUAGAGUCAGAGAGAGAAAUAUUCAGAACAAUUAUGUAGUAUUUCCAACACUCGGACAUGUGCCAGAUUGAAUCUAACUGCCCUAGUUAGAAAGCCUGAAUCCAUUACGAAACCGCAUGUUUGUCUGACAUUGCCUGUAAUUCAAUGAUGGGGAAAUAGAGGGCAGCAGCUGCAGUGACCUCAUCAUCGCGGAAUGCUAUUCUAAUGUAUGCACAGAACAGUGAAGCUCCAAGCCUAUUUAACAAUGAAUUCACCUAAAACAUAAUGGUUCAUGUAGGCAUUACUGUCUCUAUAACAACUAACAUCAGCUGAAACACCUCAAAGGUUUCCAUGGAAAAUACAACAACGAAUGGAACUCUAUCACAAUCAAUGCAUUCAGCUGAUUCGAGACAAGGUGGAAAAAAUAUCAAUGUGAUCGCGUCGACCAAAGGAAUUUAAAACUUAAAGGCUCAGUGCUGUUAAGGUUUACUUGUGCUGUAACUUCUUGAACUUACAGAGUUCAUAGACCAUGGGUUCCAGUAUUUUGGCUAGAAUUUGAAAUCCUAUAGCAAUUAGAAUGCAGAUUUCAAGGGUGAAGUCCCUUCAUUGUCUUCUAGAGAACAGCCUCUAAGGUUUUAAUACACCAUUCAAUUUCAUUUUGAAGGAGUUCUACAUGUAACUGAUUUCAAGUUCUUUAUGGUCAACUCUUAAAAUUGGCAAAGAGCUUUCAUGACUUCAAGGUGGAAGCAAAAUUGUUUGUUGAUAUGUGUUUCAUAAUGAGAGUUUUGGCAUUGAGGGUUAUGACGGCUUAAGACCAAGUUCAUUUCAAACAGCUGAGAGAUGUAGCCUUAAAGUUGAAAAUAUCCAAUGGUGGACUUUCUGCUACUUAGCAUAACAUGAAAUAAAAGAGCAGUUCAUCAGAUUAUAACAACGUUAUGACUGCUUUAGACCAAGUUCAUUUCAAACAGCUGAGAGAUGUAGCCUUAAAGUUGAAAACAUCCAAUGGUGGACUUUCUGCUACUUAGCACAACAUGAAAUAAAAGAGCAGUUCAUCAGAUUAUAACAACGUUAUGAUGGCUUAAGACCAAGUUCAUUUCAAACAGCUAAGAGAUGUAGCCUUAAAGUUGAAAAUAUCCAAUGGUGGACUUUCUGCUACUUAGCACAAAAUGAAACAAAAGAGCAGUUCAUCAGAUUAUAACGUUAACUCAUCCAUAACUGUUGUUGUUUUGGACAACACAUGGUAGUUUCCUUGUUAGUGUGAUGAACUGCUUCUAAUUCUAGCACAUUUGAGGUGUAAAUCGCUGAAGAAAUCCUAACAAAAAUUCAACAUAGGCAAAAACACGUUUCUACAAUAACAUGAUACAGGUACUCUGAACAAAGUCAGGGGGAAAUCUCAUCAAAGAAGUAGCGAGCCUUUUAAAGGACAGAUGUGCUAUGCUGAAAUCACACACUAGUUUAUAAGCUUGGCCGCAGAGGGAAGGUAUAUGUAGUUUUUUCCCCAGGAAGGUGCGUUUUCCGAGAAUUGAAAGAUUUUCUGUUCAAUUUUAAAGAUGUUUUUCCACACUGGGGAUUCAUAUGGUAAAAUUCAUAGACAUUUUGGCAAAUUCAUGGCUUUCUCCAUAAAAGGGGGGGUAUGCAACAUUGCCCAGCCCCCCCCCCCCCCACACCCACCACCUGUUACCUUGGUAGUUAGUUCUUUAAUUCCAAUGUUUUUAUUCUAUCAUAUACACAUCUACUGUCCGAUAGAUCAGCUAUUAACAAAGCAAUUGAUAUGAGGAACAUAGUCUGAACCAAAUAACUGAUAUUCAUAAUAAGGAAACUUGUAUAUAUCGAUUAUGAUAAUUACAUGUUCUAGGACGUGCUCACCAUCUAUCUAUCACAGAGAGAAUCACCCAAUAGCACUAUGUUACAAGAUCUGGGUCGCGCCCAGGUACAUCAGGACCAUUUGCAGGGGACCAAACCAAUCUAGAUGGAUGCAGACCAGUCUGCUAUGUGAAAGUCACCAAUAUGAUCUCAUCUGGUCUAGUUCAAUGUAGACUUGCGUCAUUUUAGGACUAACGCCAUUCAUGGAGUCGUAAGUGACGUGAUCUCAUCUGGUCUAGUUUGGUUCGGUAUCACGUAAACGGGCCUAAGAUAUAAGAAUGUGGCAUGGCGGUAGGGAGAGGAUCUACAGGGUUUUAGUAGGCCGAGGUUCUUUUGAUUCUACUAGACUAGAAUAGACAAUGCAGGAUGGAGAUUCGAUGAUCAGAAUGUGAUAACAUCACCAGACCUAUUCUGAGUUUCACUACACUAGUUUUUGAUCCUGCACAACUUUGGAAAUUAUACAUAAGUACUUUGGAGACGCAUGUUUGGCCUUAGAUUGGAGUUCAUUGUGCAAUGGUGAGUGAACUGCCUCAUCAGAAUUACAACUGGGUCACUUUGUAAACAAGAUAUAUCCAAGAUAUUUUCCCAAUUCAUACUUCAGUCUUUCUACAAAACUUGUUAUUUGAUGAUAAUAUGUCUGGUUGCUUUGUAAUAAACGGCCCAUUAACUCAUA